GUAUCCACGUGCCGAUAGGAAGAUGUUGAUAUUUUUUUUACCGUUGAAUUUUAUCCCUUUGUAGCAGUUUUAGCGGUAGAAACUCGGUUUAUUUGAACACAUGGCGGACCUCGCUGCAAAAGACUCGUACAUUCAGAAACUGGCAAGUAAAUUAUUUUCCCAGCAAGAGAAGGAGCCGAAGAAGAGACCGUUUGUUCAUUUCAAAGGUAAAAGUGAUACUGAUCCAUCAAAGAAGAAAAAGAAACAAAAAAAGAAGAAUCUUAAAGAAAAGUGUGGUGAUGAGAAAACUCCCAAACCCCAACAGAAGCCGCCUCCUGCAGUGGCUCAGAAAAGUCCCGCUGCAGCAAAACCAACACCACAGACAGGAGGCAAUGUUAACACAAGCUUCUCCACAGUAGAUGUGCUGCGUAAAAGACUACAUGAAAAGAUCGAGGAGUCCAGAGGACAGGGUGCCCCAAAAGACCCUUCAUCAGAAGCCGUCCUGGCAAAGCGAGCAAAACGAAAGCUGGAGCGGGAGCGCAGGAAGAGGAAGAACAAGGAGUUUCAGAUGAAGAAACUGGCUGAAAAAAAUGGCCAGGAACCGCCAGCAGAGGUCAAAAAAGAAGAGCCCACUCCUCCUGCCUCAGAUAAAAGGAUGAAGACCUCUAUUGUUUUUAACAAUUUUGAGACGGUAGAAGAGGAAUUUGAAACUAAAGUACAAAAGAAGAUGAAGAAGAAAAUGAACCUUAAAGGAAACAUAACGCCUCUGACGGGGAGGAACUACAAACAGCUGCUGAGUCGCGUGGAGGCUCGCAAAGCAAAGCUGGAGCAGCUGAGAGAGAAGGACGAGCAGAAGGCCUCGGAGAUGGAGAAGAAAAUCAAAUGGACCAACUUGCUUUACAAGGCGGAGGGCAUCAAAAUCAAAGAUGACGAGGACAUGCUGCGCGCCUCCUUAAAGAGGAAGGAGAAGAUGCGAACGCAGAGGAAGAAGACGUGGGAGCAGCGGAGCGAGCACGUCAUCGAAAAGAUGCAGAAGAGACAAGACAAGAGGAAAAAGAACAUCCAGAAACGCAAACAAGUCAAAAUUGAGAAAAAGAAGAACAAGUUGAGGAAGAAGGGCCGAGUCCUUGCUGAGGAUUUGAAAAAAGCAACAGGUUAAAGGAAGAGUUUGUAACUUAUGUUAUCACUCUUUUAGGAUGAAACUGUAGUACUUUACAUGUGUUCCUCUUGUGCUCAUGGUAAAUAAAUGUAUUUGUUUUAUAAA